CCCGCCCCCUUGCUUAGUCCGGGUUCCUGAGCGCCGCCGGGCAGGCCCAGGCUAAAGCGAGAGGCUCCUGCACCAGGCCAGCCGGGUUCCUGCAGGUCGCUGGGAGUCCGCCGCAGGACUGGCGCGGCCACCAUCAGAGGUUGAAUGAAUUACUUCAAUUAUUUAUUAGCUAUUUGAUAAAGAUAACAAAAAAAUAAAAUCAACUAUGUCCGAUGAAGUUUUCAGCACAACUUUGGCAUACACAAAGAGUCCAAAAGUUACCAAAAGAACUACUUUCCAGGAUGAGCUAAUAAGAGCAAUUACAGCUCGCUCAGCCAGACAGAGGAGUUCUGAAUACUCAGAUGACUUUGACAGUGAUGAAAUCGUUUCAUUGGGUGAUUUUUCUGAUACCUCAGUAGAUGAAAAUUCCAUUAAGAAAAAAAUGAAUGAUUUUCAUAUAUCAGAUGAUGAAGAAAAUAAUUCUCCAAAACUAUCUUUUUUGAAAACCAAGAAAUCAAACAGUGACAUACUUGAAGAUGAGCCAGAAUUUGCUGUCAAAAACAGUGAAGAUGUGACCCUCAAUGGUUGUGAUGACAUGGUGGUGGAUUCCUCAUCUGAACCUCCAGAUAAAGAUCAAGAAGUUGAAAAAGAGAGAAUUAAACUAAAACCUAAACCCAGAAUUCUUUCCCUCAAAAGCACAUCUUCAGCAGAAAAUAGCAGCAGCCUUGAAACAGUUGACCACUUUAAGCCUUUACCUCUGCCAAGGAACAUGUUAAAAAAGAAUAGGCUCGUGGAGGAGAAAGAAAGAUUAGAAGAUAAAGAAACUGCUCUCAGUGAAGACUUCCAUUCUGCUCCUUCCCUCCCAAGGUUGGAUGGCAGACAGUUAGAAGCUAAGGAAAAAACAUUCUCUGAAAACCUUGAUCUUGAGGAUCCAUUGUUAUCAAAUUUAUCAUCAUCAGCUCUUACAGAAGGUCUUGGAAAUUCCUUUUCACCAGGACCUGAGGGAAAAACAGCUAUAAAAGGUCAGAAUGGAGAAUUUCCUGAAAACCAUAAUUCCUUAAAAUUAAAUGAAAAUGAAGAGAAUUCAGAUUUGAUAAACUGUGUUUCUACUGAACUUGAGAAACCCCAGGAAAUUCAAGUGCCUGCUGAUACCCUUGAAGAAGAAAAAGAGAAGGCUGAACUGAUGACAGAUGGUGACUUAACAGCCGAUUCCAUGCUAGUUCAAUCUCAUACCAGUGCAACAGAAUCUGCAAAGAAGGUGAUCGAGGAUAAAAAUAUGAAGAAUAAAAAGUCAACCAACAACAGAGCAUCUAGUGCAGGUGGCAGAUUAAUGACCUCUGAGUUUUUAAAGAAAUCCAGUUCUGUAAGGAGAAGUCCAUCGACAACUACCUCUUCUCACUAUUUAGGGACCCUGAAAGUCUUGGACCAAAAGCAGAGUUUAGAACCUGACAAAGCAGAUCACAUAAGGGCAGCUGUUUAUCAGGAAUGGUUGGAAAAGAAAAAUGUUUAUCUACAUGAAAUGCACAGAAUAAAAAGGAUUGAAAGCGAAAACUUAAGGAUACAAAAUGAACAGAAAAAAGCUGCCAAGAGAGAAGAAGCAUUAGCAUCAUUUGAGGCCUGGAAGGCUAUGAAAGAAAAGGAAGCAAAGAAAAUAGCUGCAAAAAAGAGGCUUGAGGAGAAAAAUAAGAAGAAAACCGAGGAAGAAAAUGCUGUGAGAAAAGGAGAAGCACUACAAGCUUUUGAAAAAUGGAAAGAGAAAAAAAUGGAAUAUCUUAAAGAGAAAACUAAAAAGGAAAAAGAAUUUGAAAGAGCAAAGAAACAGAAAGAGGAGGAAACUGUUGCUGAGAAAAAGAAAGAUAACUUAACUGCCGUUGAAAAAUGGAAUGAAAAAAAGGAAGCUUUUUUCAAGCAAAAAGAAAAAGAGAAAAUAAAUGAGAAAAGGAAGGAAGAAUUGAAAAGAGCUGAGAAAAAAGAUAAAGAUAAACAAGCUAUCAAUGAAUAUGAAAAAUGGCUGGAAAAGAAAGAAAGACAAGAAAGAAUUGAACGAAAGCAAAAGAAACGCCAUUCCUUUCUUGACCAGGAGGCACUUCCCCCGUGGAGCCCCCCGAGCAGAACUGUGUUCUCAAAGGUGUUUUGACGAUCCUCCUUCUUAAAUUAUUUACCAAAUUGCCAAUUUUAGUCAUGGGUUUAGAACGUUAAUUCAAUUACUUAUAGUUAGAAAAAUCUAUUUUAAUUAAAUGCUAGACUUUUCGGUUGAGAAUGAGAAAGAUACUUUGAACUUUAAUCAGUGGAAGCAUUUUUGAACUAUAGAUAAACCACCUCAAAUGAAAAGCUAAUAAUCAGGUUGCUCUAACUAUUGAAAUGCAUAAAGCUUUAUCAUAGCCUAUAAUUCUGAAAGCGGAAUGAUCCUUGAUCACUUUCAUUAACCUUUGCACUGUAUUUGAAUAUGUUAAGCUAAAAAACAAGGAAACCAUUUAGGUACCAUAGUCAUAGAAAUAAUUAGAUUUGUGGAUGAUCAUGCUUUUGGAUUCAGGUUUUAUAAUGAAUGGAUGCUGGGGAGUAUGCAUAUGUUAUUUCUUCUAAAACUGAUGUUUAGCUAAAAGCAAUUGCCUCUCCACUGUGCAGGUUAGAAUUUGGGGCAAUUGAGGCAAUAGUUCAGUAAAAUUGUAAUCAGUGAGGCAUUUUAUUUAAGAAUUUUGCCUUAUAUUUAAUAUGCGUGUGCUUUACUCCAGGCUUACAUGACAAUCAUAGGCACUUUAUAAUGAAAGCUUUCUCUCGAAAUUCUAUCUCACUUUACUAGUUCAGAGAUAUCAAAUACAGCAAUUUUAUGGUAGUGAUAUACUUACAUAUUUUUGGAAAUUCCUCAAUAGUUCAAGGUCAUUAUCAUAUAAUUUUCUAGACUAAAGCCAUAAAGAUGAUGAAGGUGACUCUUGUCCUUUUAACUAAUCCAGACUUUUAAAGCCUGUGUUUAGAAAACAGCGGAAUGAGAAAGUAACUGUAUAGAAAAUAUCCAAAGAACUUUUAUUUAUUUGUUUGUUCUCUGCAUAUGUUUGUAUUAACUAGUCUCAUACUUGACCUGGUCAUUAUAUUUUAAUACAGACCAGCUGUCCACUCUCAGAGUUGAAAUGCUGCUUUAAUCAAUAAUUCAGUGCAGAGACAAUGAAUGAAAAUAAAGUUACUAUUUACAGAGAACUUAUAUCAUCUCUGCUGAAUCUUUACAAAUGUUAUAUCUCAUCUUCACAACGCGUAUUCAGGAUAGGUAUUAUUAGCUUAAUUUUUGCAGAUAAAAAUGCUAAGACAUAGAAAAACCAAUAACUUGCCAUACAUCUUGUGUGAAACUGAGUCAAGACCAGACUGAUGAAGGCUGAGCAGCCUUCCUGCAGAGCCCUUGUGCUUUUUUACAUGCCCAUGUGACCUCAGAAAUUGUAGGAUCUGUCAAAACCUCUGUCUUCAUCAAACUUGCAAACACAUUUUUAAUUCUCAGAGCUUGAAACCAUGUAUUGUUAUCCAGUGAUUGUAUUUCCCUGAAGAAAGAGCUGGGAGUUAUUAGAGAUGAUGGACCUUAUUAAAUCUAUAAGAUGAAGUAGGAAUUCAUAAGAUUUAAGGAGUUACUGAAACCUCUUGUAUCUAAUAUUAGAGUGUUAGAAAGUUCAGCAGGUUAUGUAAUGCAGGCUUUGAGAUUUCAAAAGGAAUUUCAGGAGGUUUCAUAGACUGAGCACUAAACUUACUGCAGUGUUUGUGCCAGAUGAGAUGUCAAGGAUCACUUUGAAAGAUCAUAUGUAAGUAAGAAAUUUCAUAAAUAAAACUAGAAGACUUUUUAUACUGCUACAACUAGGAGAAUACUUCAUGAAAUUGAAGUAAUUACCAGCAGUAUGUAUCAUCAGCAUGGGAUUUAGGACUUCUCAUUCAGCCACGUGCCCCUUGGUACCAAACUUAAUGCCUACCAGAAUAGAUUGUUAAGUGUUUCUUGUAUUGAAUUAGAUAUACAGAGCUAAAAAGAUUUGCAACAUCCAAGGGAAUAAAAGGAAAAAUAAGAAGGCACAGCUACUUUGGGGGACCAGAGGCCAUAAAUGUACAUGUCAUAGAUUUCAUAUUAAAUAUAUUUGAACUUCCUGAUCAUUUUUUCUAUGUUAUGUAUUAGUGGCUUGCUAUUGUUACCUCCUAAGUUUCGAGAAUAGAAUGAGAUUAGUUAAUUAAUGUCUAGUAUUUGUCACAUAAUAAGGACUUAAUAAGUACUCAUUGUUGUCAUUUAUUUACCGCCCUACAUUUCUCCUCUUCAUGAAUGUGAGAAGGUCAGCAUAGACAGAAUUGCCAAUGGUUAUCCGGCAUUGCACAUUUUAGCGUACAGGAAGAACUCUACCUCCCUGCCAGUCUGUGCCGUACCACUCAAAAGAAAAUAAAGUACUGCUUGUAGCAGGGCCCUUUUAAAAUAAAAGUGCUGAUUUUUUUUUUUUUUUAGGGUUGCUUCUGAAUUAGGACAAAAUAAGAAAUUGAGAUGUCUGUGAACUCCCAGCAAAUCAUUUCUCUCAAAUAUGACUAGAGAUUUUUAUCUUACUAUCAUAAUAUGUUAUUUUUUGUUCAUACCAGCUAGUGCUGAAAUCAUGUAGAUGAAUGAAAUCACCUCUUGCAUAGCAGAAAUAAAGCUGAGUUUGGAGAAAUAAAUGAAAAUACAGUACUAAACUACUGUUUACUUUCUCAAAUCCAAAGGAGAUAAUCUAGACUGAUAAUAUUCCUUUGAAUAUUUAAUGGGUAUGAUUUUUCCCAUAUUUCCUUAGAAAGCAUCAAAUAUCAUAAAUAUCUAACUUAUUGUUUUCAUUAAUAUAUAAGGGAAUAUUUAAUUCAAAUUAAAGAUACAAAAAUUCUACAGAAGUUCAUAUUAAAUGACCAACCUAUAAAUUGCAUUGAUCAGUCUGGCGAGGUUACAUCUGUAAUCCCAGCAAUUUGGGAGGCUGGAAUUCAAAGCCAGUGAGUUCAAAGACAGCCUCAGCAACUUAGCAAGGCCCUAAGCAACUUAGUGAGACCCUGUCUCUAAAUGAAACACGAAA